ACAACCACCGCCACCACCUCCGGAAACCAGCCGAUGACGACGGUUCCCACGAUAGACCAGACCCCUGACUUAUGUAAGACGUACACGAAGGUGCAGACUUUCCAGUUACAAGUUGGUGAGUGGUGUAAGCCAUUUGAGCUUCUAAAUUUCAUAUAUUUCAUUUAAAUUACAUUUCUUGUCAUUACCAAUGUCAGCAGAAGCUUCAUUUUCAUACUUAGCGUCAUCUUCAUCACGAUCAUCACGAUCAUCAUGAUCCUAAUGAUUGAUGAUGGAAUAUCCUCCUCCUCCUUUUCCUCCUUCUCCUCAUUUCAUCAUCAAUAUCAUCAUCAUCAUCAUCAUCAUCAUCAUCAUCAUCAUCAUCAUCAUCAUCAUCAUCAUCAUCAUCAUCAUCAUCAUCAUGGUCAUCAUUAUCAUCAUAUUCAUCAUUAUCAUCAUAGUCAUCAUAAUAAUCAUCAUCAUCGUCGUCAUCAUCGUCAACGUGAUCAUCGUCUUCGUCAUCAUCGUCGUCCUCAUUUUCGUCCUUUUUCUCUUCCCCCUUCCCUUCGUCCUCCUCCUCCUCCUCCUUCUCAUCAUCAUCAUCAUCAUAGUCAUCAUCAUCAUCAUCAUCAUCAUCAUCAUCAUCAUCAUCAUCAUCAUCAUCAUCAUCAUCAUCAUCAUCAUCAUCAUCAUCAUCAUCAUCAUCAUAGUCAUCAUCACAAUCAUCAGCGUCAUCAUUAUCAUCAUUAUUAAUGUCAUCAUCGUCAUCAUCGUCUUCAUCAUCAUCGUCGUCCGCGUCCUCGUUUUCGUCCUUUUUCUCUUUCUUCCCCCCUCCUCUUUCUUUUUCUACCUCCUCCUCCUCAUCAUUAUCAUCAUCAUCAUCAUCAGCAGCAAUAUCAUUAUUGUAUUCAACAGAUGAAGACAUAGAAGCAGCCGCACUGAAUCGCUGUAUCAUGGGUGUUAUUAUCGUAUUCACCUUAACAUUAAGUAUACAUGAUUGAACUAUUGAUACGUCACAUGUGAGGAAUAAAUAUUUAGAUAUAUGCAUGCCAUUUGUAUGGUGUGUCAAUACGCUGAGCAGAUUGCCCUAUAUGGAUUGGCAGACGUUCCAUAAGCUAGACCUUUGAAUAGCUUUCAGCCGACUGAAGAAAAAAGUAUAUAAAUAUGUAUCUUAAUUUACUUGACACGGUUUGAAACUGUGUUUAAUUGCGACAAUUUUGUUUAAUGCCAUGAGGUCCUUAUAGACCCGAAAACGUAUCCGUACAACUACGUCGAAGUCCUCUGUAAGUCCUUUCUGUUCUACGAGGCAUAGAGGUCCGGACGUCUACCGGCCAAUCAGCGGGUCACGUGGCGUAAAGACUCUGCUCUCAACGACGGCCAGUGGGGCUCCAUCAACAGGAAUCUGACCGGGGGCUGGUAUGACGCGGGUGAUCUAGUGAAGUACGGUCUCCCGAUGGCGUCCUCGACGACUGUGCUGUUACGGGGAUUUCUGCAGUACCGGGGCGCGUACGACAUGGCCGGGCAGACCGAAUACAUAUACGACAGCGUCUGCUGGCCCCUCAACUACUUUCUAAAACUCUGGGACGGGCAAAACAACCGCUUCUAUGCGUAGGUUGGUGACGGGCGCAUCGAUCACAAUAUAUUUGAACGGCCAGAGGAUAUGACGUCAGAGAGACCCGUUUACUACAAUGGCGUAAACACUCCCGGAAGUGAUGUCGCUGCCGAAACUGCAUCCGCUUUGGCAAUUGGCUACCUGGUGUUUAAGGACAGAGACACAACCUACGCCAACCAGCUGCUGAAUACGGCCAAGAAUAUCUAUGACUUCGCGUACAACUACCGUGGCUUAUACAGCAACUACAUCCCGGACGCUGCCAGGACAUAUGGAUCCGGCGGUUACGAGGACGAGUUGACCCAGGCCGGUGUUUGGCUAUAUCGUGCCACGGGCAUUCAUUCCUACCUGACACAGGCGGAGUCUUUCACUCGUAACGACUGGGCCUGGUCCUACUCAUGGGACCUUAAAGAAGUCGCCGCAAACAUCCUUUUGUACGACGUCACAACAGAAAGCAACAAGAAGGCGACAUACGGAAACCACGUCCCUAACUUCCUCCGGCGCUGGUCUCCCACUGGAAAUGUUCCCUUCACGCCCGGGGGACUCGUGUACAGGGAUCAAUGGGGCUCGCUGAGAUACGCCGCAAACACCGCGUUCGCCGCUCUGCUUGCCCAGGACGUGGGAAUCAUCUCCCAGGGUGAUAUCGACUCGAGAACCGCCCUCGACCCCGCGGCCCAGCUUCACUACAUCCUUGGGAACAACCCCGCUGGCCUGAGCUACGUGGUGGGAUUCGGACGCAAUUAUCCCAAGCGUCCGCAUCAUAAAUCCAGUUUCUGCGCCCCGGCCCCCGCUCCCCAGUGCACGUUCACACAGUUCAACAGCUUGGCGCCGCACUACUACCUGCUGUCGGCCCCGACAGCGCCGACCAGUACGACGAAAGCCGCAUCAACUACCAGCGCUCCGAGGUCGCCUGCGACUACAACGCGGGCCUACAGUCGGCGCUGGCAGGUCUUAUCAACAGAAAAGUCCUCCGGCCAUAGAAGAUGCAACCUAGAGAUGACAGAACACAGCCCUUCUUUACUAUACAGAUUUUUUAUCCAUAAAAUGUUUCUAAGCAAUUAACAACUUUAGCAGAUCUAAGUUUGUUGUUGUUGUUGUUGACUCUGUUUUUAGCAAGCCGUGAAAAUAUAUUGCUUUACGGGUAUAGAACAAAAUAAACCGUGUUACAUUUACCGAAUGAGGAAUGCAAGAAGUCGUACAAAGCAGGCUCAUAAAUAAUUUGAAGCAAUGCGUUCAUAAGUACCAUAUACCGAUGUUGACCCGCAGCCACCGCCAUACACGAGUGGCGGAAUAAAUUUGCAUACGUGCCUGGAGCGCAUGUGUCGGACAAGUUGAUGGAUAAAUAGUGUGGCACAACACAUUUUCAUCUCCAAACUUGUUUUCACAAUCACUAGCCUUCUUUGUGCGUUUCCAUUUUCUUAGUUGGGUCUCUUAGAUGGUUGUUAACUUAAUUCGUUCUCAUUCAGAUGUAAAGAUUAAAUGCGGCUAAAAAUUGUUCUAAAAACCCAUUUCCAGUUCCUAAGUCAUUAUUGUUUAAUGUUAUUAAUUUUUAUUGACGAUCGUACAAAUUUUUUAAAAUACACGAAGUAUAUCUUUAAAAAAUAUAUUUCUUGUUUACGGAUAGCCCAAUUUUAUUUCGAACGUCGUGACAAGUUCAUUUGAGCUC